ACAAGCUUACUGGCCCAAUUAAAGAAUUUCAUUCUAAAUCUCUUGAAAACCUUUAUUUGGGUUCUAAUAAACUACAUGGACAGAUUCCAAACUCAAUAUUUCAACAGAAAAACCUACUACACCUAGAUCUCUCACACAAUAAUUUGGAUGGUGUUUUAGAGUUAAACAAGUUUUCAAUGUUGAAAAAUCUUCAGAGUCUUGACCUUUCUUUUAACAAUUUCACCGUCUCCACACAUAAAUACACCAACAAUGAUUCAUUUCCUCAACUUUCUGAUUUGGGUUUGGCUUCAUGCAACAUUAGAGAAUUUCCAUAUUUUCUGAAAAACAUGAAAAGCUUACAAACACUACAACUUUCCCAGAAUCAAAUUCAGGGUAGGAUUCCUGAAUGGCUGUGGAACGAGGGAACAUGUUCGUUGUCUAGAUUGAACAUUUCUCACAACUUCUUAACAAGUGUACAGAAAAUUCCAUGUAAAAGCCUAGACACUGUAGAUCUUCGCUCUAACAUGAUUCAAGGGCCUCUUCCUACUGUUCCACCUUCAGUGACUAUUUUUUUCAUCUCAAACAAUGCUCUAUCUGGAUAGAUACCUUCUACAUAUUGCAAUUUGAGUGAGUUGGAAAUCCUUGAUGUCUCCAAUAACAGUAUUCAUGGAAAAAUCCCUUCAUGUCUUGGAAAUAAGUUCUCUAUCUCUGUUUUAGAUUUGCAUUCGAAUAAUCUUAAUGGAGAAAUCCCUCGUGACAUGUUUGAAAAUUUAACUAAUUUGAGGAGUUUGCACCUUAGUAACAAUCAUCUAGAUGGACCCCUGCCAAGUUCUCUGCAUAGUUGCCAAAGCUUAGAAGUUUUAGACGUGGGAAAUAACAAGAUAAACGAUACCUUCCCUCAAUGGUUGGAAGAUCUUCCAAUGCUUCGAGUUCUUGUUUUGAAAUCCAAUAGAUUCCAUGGUUUCAUAAGGCCACCUAAGGUUGAACAUCCAUUUCAGAAGUUGCAGAUCAUGGAUCUCUCUAACAAUGAAUUCAUUGGUCUAUUACCAACAAAGUAUUUUGAGAGUUUCACGUCUAUGAUGGAUGGACAUGCCACUAGAAACCUGACACACAUAGGAGAAACCUAUUACCAAGAUUCUGUGAAUUUGGUAGUGAAAGGUCAUGAACUUAUACUUGAAAAAAUCAUAAUUAUUUUUGUAACAAUCGAUUUUUCAAGAAAUAACUUUGAAGGAGCGAUUCCGAAGUCAAUUAGACAGCUGAAAUCUCUUAAAGGGCUCAACUUUUCUCAAAAUAGACUAGAGGGUUCUAUUCCUAUCUCAUUGAUAAACUUAAGUAAUCUUGAAUGGUUAGAUCUCUCUUCGAAUAAGCUGGUUGGGGGGAUUCCUAGUGAAAUGAUGGAUCUGACACAACUUUCAUACUUAAACCUUUCACAUAACAAAUUGGUGGGACCAAUACCUCGUGGAAACCAAUUUGAUACGUUCAAUGAAGAUUCAUAUAGUGGAAACGUGGAGUUAUGUGGGCCUCCUUUAUCUAAAUCAUGCAACAAUGGGAUGCAACAAGAUGGUGAUCAUGGCGAGAAACAUACGGAUCACAUAAUCUUUGAUUGGAAAAUUGUGAUGAUAGGAUAUGGAUGUGGACUAAUUAUCGGGAUAUCUGUGGGCUACAUGGUGCGUUACAGUGAAAGGUUUGAUUAUUGGCUUUACAAAAAGGUUGAAGGACGACAAAGACAAAGACAAAGACUACGUCGUCAAACAAAUACUCGUCUAAGAAUGAUGAACUAGAUUGUCAAACUCGCCACCAAGCUUGUGAUGUAGGAAAUUGUUGACUUUCGAGAGAAGGGACAAAGUUGAUGAAGUUUGCUGUGUCUGCAAUAGCUCUUGAUUUGUUUAGACUAACGUGUGAACCUCAUCUUAUUCUCUUGUUCAAAAAAUCUUGUUUCCCUAUGCCGAUGUAGUCAUUGAAGAGGAAAUUGAAUGUUUUAUUUUCUUUUUCAAA